CAAAAUCGAUAUUCACGACAUUAUUUUUCCCAAAUACCAAAACUCAAACAAGGGCUUAGUGCUAACUAUGAUUAUAUUUACAGCAUUCGUUUAAUUCCACGAGCUACAGAAGUAGAAGCUCAUCUGCUUCAGAUUUUGUGAAUUAUUAAGUUCGAGAAAUGGAGCAGAGACGGCAGGUUUUCUCGGUGGACCUUCUAGAAAGGUACGCUGCUAAGGGGCGGGGAGAAAUCACGUGUAUGGCCGCCGGGAACGAUGUGAUUGUGUUGGGUACAAGCAAAGGCUGGGUCAUUCGACACGAUUUUGGCGUCGGCGAUUCUUUUGAUAUCGAUCUCUCUGCUGGUCGACCUGGGGAACAGUCCAUCCACAGAGUUUUUGUGGACCCAGGAGGCAGCCAUUGCAUUGCUGUGGUAGUCGGCAAUGGAACCUCUGACACAUUUUACACGCAUGCAAAGUGGACCAAGCCUCGUGUAUUGAGCAAACUGAAAGGCCUUGUAGUGAAUGCUGUUGCCUGGAAUAGGCAACAUAUAGCAGAAGCUUCCACAAGGGAAGUCAUUCUUGGUACUGACAAUGGCCAACUUCAUGAAAUUGCUGUCGACGAGAAGGACAAGAAGGAAAAGUACAUUAAGUUUUUAUUUGAACUCAGUGAACUCUCUGAAGCUUUUACGGGUUUGCAGAUGGAAACAGCAAGCAUAAACAAUGGAACUCGUUAUUAUGUAAUGGCUGUUACUCCCACCCGUCUUUAUUCUUUUACCGGAAUAGGCUCUCUGGAUUCUGUUUUUGCUAGUUAUGUGGGCCGUGCAGUUCAUUUUAUGGAACUUCCUGGUGAAAUUCCCAACAGUGAACUGCAUUUCUUUAUAAAGCAAAGAAGAGCAAUACAUUUUGCAUGGCUAUCUGGGGCAGGAAUCUAUCAUGGUGGUCUUAAUUUUGGAGCACAACGCAGUUCACCAAAUGGGGAUGAAAACUUUGUGGAGAACAAGGCUCUUUUGGACUAUUCAAAACUAGGCGAAGGAGCUUCUGUUAAACCAAGUUCCCUGGCAGUAUCUGAGUUUCAUUUUCUUCUUCUUGUCAGAAACAAGGUUAAGGUUGUGAAUAGGAUAAGUGAGCUGAUAGUUGAGGAACUUUAUUUUGAUCAAACACCUGAUGCCGCUUCAAGGAGCGUUAUAGGUUUGUGCAGUGAUGCGUCUGCUGGGCUUUUCUAUGCAUAUGACCAAAGUUCCAUCUUCCAGGUGUCCGUGAAUGAUGAAGGCCGAGAUAUGUGGAAAGUCUAUUUGGACUUAAAAGAAUAUGCUGCAGCUUUGUCAAACUGUCGUGACACCAUCCAAAGAGACCAAGUUUAUCUCGUGCAGGCUGAAGAUGCUUUCAAUACAAAGGAUUUUGUCAGAGCAGCUUCCUUUUAUGCGAAGAUUAACUAUGUAUUAUCAUUUGAAGAGAUCACUUUGAAGUUUAUCAGCAUAGGCGAACAGGAUGCUUUAAAAACCUUCUUGUUACGGAAGCUUGAUAAUCUUGCGAAGGAUGACAAAUGCCAGAUCACAAUGAUUUCCACUUGGGCAACUGAGUUAUACUUAGAUAAGAUGAAUCGGCUACUUUUGGAAGACGAUACUGCAUCUGAGAAUAGUAGUUCAGAGUACCAAUCGAUUAUUAAGGAGUUUUGCGCCUUUUUGAGUGACAGCAAGGAUGUAUUGGAUGAGGCAACAACCAUUAAGCUGCUAGAAAGCUAUGGUAGGGUUGAUGAAUUGGUAUUCUUUGCUAGUCUUAAGGAGCAACAUGAGAUUGUGGUCCAUCAUUAUAUUCAGCUGGGAGAAGCAAAGAAAGCACUGCAAGUUCUUCAGAAACUUAAUGUUCCCAUAGACCUUCAGUACAAGUAUGCCCCAGACCUUAUCAUGCUUGAUGCAUAUGAAACUGUAGAAUCAUGGAUGAUUAGGAAAGACCUGAAUCCAAGGAAGCUCAUUCCUGCAAUGAUGCGUUAUUCAAGUGAAUCGCAUUCAAAAAAUGAAACUCAUGAAGUAAUAAAAUAUCUGGAGUAUUGUGUUCAUCGUUUGCAGAAUGAGGAUCCUAGUGUUCACAAUUUGUUGCUCUCAUUGUAUGCCAAGCAGGAGGAUGAGAGUGCUCUUCUGCGUUUUCUGCAAUGCAAGUUUGGAAAAGGGCGGCCCAAUGGUCCUGAAUUCUUCUACGAUCCAAAAUAUGCAUUGCGCCUUUGUCUCAAGGAAAAACGGAUGCGCGCCUGUGUCCAUAUAUACAGCAUGAUGUCUAUGCAUGAAGAAGCAGUUGCCCUGGCUUUGCAGGUCGAUCCAGAGCUUGCUAUGGCUGAAGCUGAUAAGGUUGAAGAUGAUGAAGAUUUGCGGAAAAAACUUUGGCUUAUGAUUGCCAAGCAUGUCAUUGGACAGGAGAAGGGAACGAAAAGGGAGAACAUCCGAAAGGCAAUAGCAUUUCUCAAGGAAACUGAUGGACUUUUAAAGAUUGAAGAUAUUUUACCCUUUUUCCCAGAUUUUGCGUUGAUUGAUGAUUUCAAGGAGGCAAUCUGCUCAUCAUUGGAGGAUUACAACGAGCAAAUUGAGAAACUCAAAGAGAAGAUGAAUGAUGCUACCCGUGGUGCAGACAACAUUAGGAAUGAUAUCAGUGCACUUGCACAACGAUAUGCUAUCAUCGAUCGUGACGAGGAAUGUGGGGUUUGUCGGAAGAAAAUAUUAAAUAUGACUGGCAGCUACCCGAUGACGGGGGUUUACACAUCAGUUGGAUCAAUGGCUCCUUUCUAUGUUUUUCCAUGUGGACAUUCCUUCCAUGCUCAGUGCCUGAUUGCCCAUGUCACUAAGUGCACUACUGAAGCUCAAGCUGAAUAUAUAUUGGAUCUCCAAAAGCAGCUGACUCUUUUAGGUAAUGGAUCGAGGAAGGAAAUGAAUGGUAGUUUAUCUGAAGUCGAACCAAUUACGAGCAUGACUGCUGGAGAUAAGAUCCGAUCACAGUUGGAUGAUGCCAUAGCCAGCGAAUGCCCGUUUUGUGGUGACUUGAUGAUCCGUGAGAUAUCGCUGCCUUUCGUUCUUCCAGAAGAAACAGAGGUGGCAUCUUGGGAGAUAAAACCAACUAACCUUGGAAAUCAAAAGAGCGUAUCUUUAACUGUAUAAUGAAAGCUUUGAACAAGCCUUGAAAGGGCAUGUUACCGGGUUACAAGUGCUUCAAGUCAAUGGAAGUACUUCAUACUUGAGUCGUAUUGCAUGUGUUUGUAUUGUCUGUGAAAAGGCAUACGUCCCUAUUCGUUAAAAAUAAUGUAUAUAUUGGUCUUGUUUGUUGUUGGUGUUGCGCUGGUUGCCUUUCUUUUUCCGAGUGGUAUCACUUCUACUCCUUCAAAAUUGUAUCACGUUUUAGUGUGCUUUCACCAUACUAAAAAAGAAGCUAGUUUGGUAUAAGGUGCAGUUUUUAGGAGAUGUCUGUACCAUUUUUGUGAAGUUUCUCCUUGCAGUGAGGUUAGUGUGUGUCGGAAAUGUACUUGUAGGGGAUUUGUUAUAUAUUCACUCGUUCGAAACUUCAAAGAAACUCCAUUUCAUUGAACA